AUGUCUGCCUCCUCUCUGCCUGAAGGCUGGGCUCUGUCCCAGUCGCUAGCCCUACUGGCGAUGCUGCUCAUGGAUCUGUUGGCUGUGGUGGGUAACGUGGCUGUCAUGGCGGUCAUUGCCAAGGCCCCGCAGCUCCACAAGUUUGCCUUUGUCUUCCACCUGUGCGUGGUGGACCUUCUGGCAGCCCUGGUGCUGAUGCCCCUUGGCAUGCUCUCGAGCCGCGCCUUCUUCGGGGAGGCCCUGUGCAGGAGCUACCUCUUUCUCAGUGUGUGCCUAGUCAGUGCUGCCAUCCUCUCUAUCUCUGUCAUCAAUGUGGAGCGUUAUUACUACAUCAUACAUCCGAUGCGUUAUGAAGUGAAGAUGACCAUUGGCCUGGUAGCUUCAGUGCUUGUAGGGAUAUGGGUAAAAGCUCUGGCCAUGUCUGCUCUGCCACUGCUCGCUUGGUUCCUGCAGGGUGGAAAAACUCCUCUUUUGGAGAGUAGCGGGGUUGAGGGAGGGGGUGGCGGUGCUGUGCCACCUCCCCCGGCUCAGGGUCACAGGCGCUGCUCACUGCACUGGACAGGGGGAGGGUCAAACCGUUUGGCCUUCAUGGUUCUCUUCACUCUGGUGUAUUUUCUGUGCCCACUGCUGGUGAUUCUCGUUGUCUACUGCAACAUGUUUAAAGUGGCCCGGGUGGCUGCCAUGCACCACGGCCCACUGCCCACGUGGAUGGACACACCUCGCCGCCAGCGGUCAGAGUCACUCAGCAGCCGUUCUACAAUGGUUACCAGCUCCGGGACAGGUACUGGAACUGGCAGAGGAACUCCACAACGCCCCUUUGGAGGAGGGAAGGCUGCAGCGGUGUUGGCGGCAGUAGGUGGGCAAUUCCUUUGUUGCUGGCUGCCCUACUUUACUUUCCACCUGUAUUCAGCGCUGGCUGCCAGCCCUCCAGCCACACUGGCCUCUCUGGAGGAAGUGGUCACCUGGAUUGGCUACUUCUGCUUCACCUCCAAUCCCUUCUUCUAUGGCUGUCUGAACAGACAGAUCCGAGAGGAGCUGGGCAAGCAUCUGCCUUGCCUGUUUCGUCGAGCGGGAAUCGAGGUGGAGGACAGACUGCCCAGCCGCGAAGGAUCCAUAGAGGAGAAUUUCCUUCAGUUUCUUCAGGGCACCGGCUGCAACUUGGAUCCUCAAAACUCUCACAGCACUUCCAGUCCUAAGGCCGAGCCGGCACAUGCCAUACCCAUUGAUUUCCGUAUCCCAGGACAAAUUGCAGAGGAGACUUCAGAGUUUAUUGAGAUUGAACAGGCGAAAAACAACCAUAUAUAUACAGACAGCUGACUUUUCAAUGUCUCUAUAUUUUGAAAAUACGUUUAAAGAAACACAGUCUUUCAGGAAAACACGUUUCUCUAUUUUUUCUUGAAAGCUGUCCACCAGGUAGCUAAAUUCAUUUUAAAGACUUGUAAUUGUAUCUUUGGAUCACUG